AUGGCUGCAACAAGCACUUUCUUUAAACAUUGGUUCCGAGCGGAAAUUAUACCAAUCUAUGUUGUUACAGGUGUCGCUGUGUGUGGUUCUGCUUGGUAUUUAACUCGUCUCGCUCGGGGUCCUGAAGUUGUUUGGGAUAGAAAAAAUAACCCACAGCCAUGGAAUAACAUUGAGCAAGGCACUCAAGUUAAACUUUUCGCAAUUAAUCAACCAUAUGACAAAAAGUAG